CCAAAACCACACCAGUCGAGCAUGUAGCAGAGGAUUUUUUUUGGACACAGAAACAAAAAGGCAGAUGCUGUCACGGCCAGGGCUUAUUCCAAUGCGCCCUCAUCUGUGCGCUCUGCUAGAUGCGCCUCCAAGAGCGCACCUCGGGACACGCCCACGACUGCACACUUCCAGGAGCGCACCAGGCGCAUGUCCGCACUGCUGCAGCCGGCAGCUGCAGCCGGCAGCUGCAAUCAUUCACCGGCAAUCAGCGCACCUGAAGCUGAUCAUCAGAGGACUGCCUUCAAAAGCCUGCUCAACCUGCUAUCCGGGGCCAGAACGUAAAUCAGCUGUUCGAGAACCUAUCCACCGUCGCCUUGGAAGUGACCUGUGCUUCACUUCCCUGGACCCCCUCUGGAUUCUGACUGCCUCCCUCGAUCCUGGACCCCCGCUCUGGACACGGAUCUGUUGACCCCUCAGACUACAUGCCUGUUUCACGGAACUCCGAGAUCUGCCUUGUCCCUCCUCUCGUUCAACAUUACAGUAACACUCAGCAACCAAAGCUGCAGAGAUAAUCCACCAGAGACUUCAUCCCUCCUCUCUGACAUACACACAUCAGCAAGUGAUCACAUUUGACACUCAACAUACGCACACUCAAUAAAGACAGCAUACAUAUAUAUAUACAUACAUACAUACAUAAAAUACGUGCUUUUUUAAUAUAUAUUUCUUUACAAAAGCAGACAUGAGCCAGAAACAAGCCUGCAUCUUCCUCAAAGGGGCGUCGAGGAGACAAAGAACCCUCACCCACGAGGAGGUAGAAGAGUUACGUGAGGCUUUUGUGGAGUUUGAUAAAGACAAAGAUGGCUUCAUAACCUGUAAAGACUUGGGUAACCUGAUGAGGACCAUGGGUUACAUGCCAACCGAAAUGGAACUGAUACAACUCAGCCAAAACAUCAACAUGAACUUGGGAGGACGAGUGGACUUUGACGACUUUCAGGAACUGAUGACCCCCAAGCUCUUGGCUGAAACGGCAGGCAUGAUUGGUCUAAAAGAACUCAAAGAAGCUUUCAGAGAGUUUGACGUUGACGGCGAUGGCUGCAUCACUUCCGAUGAGCUGAGGCACGCCAUGUUCAAGUUGCUGGGCGCGCAAACCAGCAAGAAGGAAAUUGACGCGGUGGUGAGGGAAGCUGACCGCAAUGGGGAUGGAACUGUCGACUUUGAGGAGUUUGUGAGAAUGAUGUCACAGAAGUGAGGGCAACAAAGGACUAUGCAUGUCUUUGAAUCAACUUGACCCUUGGUUUGCUCUCAUGAGAUCGCUCAUUUUUACUGCAACAAUUAUUUUUGUUACAAAUGUAUGCACAACAUUUAAUGCAGUUAUAUUUCUCAAGAAAGUUUAAUUUGAUGUCACCUAGUUUGCCAUGAAUCCCUUCAGAGUUUUGUUUUUGUAUGACGAUGGGUAACACGGACAAUCGUCUCCUCAGAUAUGUCCUCAGAAAAGUAACUUCACUUCACCAUUUGUCUUUUAACUUUUUCAACUAAAUCUACAAUGCUUUAAGUGAAAAAAUUCAAUCGCAGUUUAAAACAAAGCAGAAAAUGCAUGGAAUGAGACAUUUCCCACGUAAAAAACAAUAUUUGCUCACUUAACCGCGGUGCAAUUUACACUCAGCUGUCUGUUUACACGGACACUGUCAAUGCAAAACCUAGUGUGCAAAAGACGCAUACAGUACAUACCCGCUAUGUGCGAAUGUUACCUGACAAAUAAUUGCCACAAUUUUUUUAACCUCAUGAUUCUGCGCCGACUUGCUCCUACCCCUCCAAACCCUCCUGCUAGCUCGACAUUCUCCUCCGAUUUCAGAUCAAUAUUUGCAAUUUAAGUGACUAUUUUUGUGAUUUUGUUAUUACUGGAUUAGAUUCUGCUCCAGAACCCUCCCUACGAAGAAAGCUAACACACUAAAUAUUAGAAGCGCAAUCCAGAUUUAAGCCCUAAAUGUGCCUCACACAUUAUAAAUUGCAAAAUGUUUCGGUACUCGCCACUAAUGAAUGAUAAUAAAAUGGGGAAUCAGAAUCACUGUUUAUUUGUCUUCUAUAUGAAAUUAAGUACCUGUAUUUUUUGCAUUUGAAUUUUGUAAACAACAUUUUUUUAACAUCAAAUUAUACUGACAAUUGAGUGAAAAUAAUUCGGUAGCAAAAUGCAUGUGUUUAAAAAUUCCCCGUAAAAAAUUUCAGCCUUUGAAAAGUCAGUGUUUAAAAAUCCAGUGUAAAAAAAAUUCAGUGUAGAAAAAUUUGCAGCGUCACAUUACACCAGUUUUAAAAUCUCUGCAUUGGCUCCCCGUGUGUUUCAGGAUCAAUUUUAAGGUUCUUCUUAUGGUUUAUAAAUGUUUUUUGGGCCUUAUCUUUCAGAUUUGCUUUUACCAUAUGAACCUUGCCGAGCCCUGAGAUCCUCUGGCACUCAUCUGCUAAUUAUUCCCAAAGUCAGGACACAAAGUCACGAGAUGGCAUCUUUCCACCAUUAUGGAAUGAUGCCAUAAUGGAAUAGUUUGCCGGAGGACCUCAGGGCUGCGGAGAACGUUCAUGUUUUUAAGGGCAGGCUUAAGACCCACCUUUUUGAUUUGGCUUUUACCUUAUAUUAUUUUAUUGAAGUCAUUUGUAUUUUACUUUUUAUCCUAUUAGUUAUGCAAGAUUUUAUUUAAGUUAUUUAUUUACUGUGUAUGUAUUGAUUGAUUGAUUGAAACUUUUAUUAGUAGAUUGCACAGUACAGUACAUAUUACGUACAAUUGACCACUAAAUGGUAACACCCGAAUAAGUUUUUCAACUUGUUUAAGACGGGGUCCACGUAAUCAGUUCAUGGUACAAAUAUAUACUAUCAGCAUAAUGCAGUCAUCACACAGGUAAAUCAACAGAGUACAUUGAAUUAUUUACAUUAUUUACAAUCCGGGGGGGAGGGUGGAUUAGGUUUGGUUGAUAUCAGCACUUCAGUCAUCAACAAUUAUAUCAUCUGAGAAAUAGACAUUGUAUGUAUGUAUGUAUAAUUUUUGUUCUAUUAAUCUUCAUAUGUCUUACUUGUAUUUUAUUAUUUAUCUCUACCCAUGGUUCUUACUAUCUUACAAGUUGUAUUAUUUUUAUUUUCCAACGUUCCUCAGAUGAGCCAUCUGCCUCAGGGGUUAUCGGCCGUGCUUGUGGGGGCGCUUUUGUGUCAGCGUCCUGGUGGCCAUGGUCUGAUGACCUCCUGGUGCAGAUGGCUUCUGUGAUAGUGUUUACUCACAUGUCUCCUCUGUACUCAGCCAUGCAAUCAUUGGUCCAUAUAGUUACUUGUGUGUGUGUUUGUGUUUGGUAUCUGUAUCCGUGCUUACGUAUUAGAUAAUGGGGCUUAUGGGUCACCGGGGUAUUGUUUUUAACUUUGUAAAGCACUUUGCCUUGCAUUUGUUUUAUGUAUGAAAAGCGCUUAAUAAAUAAAGCUUGAUGAUGAUGAUGAAAACUAAAGACCCACUUCCGGUAAAUUAAGACUUGACUCAAUCGAUGCUGUCUCAGAACCAGCCAAUGAAGUGUUAAGUUGGAAGUCACAUGACACGGGUCCUCCAAAGAGGCAGCUAAUGCAGCACUACAUGCGGCCAUGUAAUCUGUAUGUGCUUGUGCUAUGAUCGCUUUUUAUUAACACUUUAAACCAGGGGUCCCCAAACUACGGCCCGCGGGCUGGAUCCGGCCCCCCAGCAUCCAAAAUCCGGCCCACGGGAAAUCCCAAAUAAAAAAUUUUAAUUUUUAAUUUUUAUUUUAUUAUUUUUAUUUAUUUUUUAUUUUUUUAUCUCUCCUUUCUAAUUCAUUUUCUACCGCUUGUUACUCUCGGUGUCUCCUAGCCGCUCAGGCCAAUCAUACUGUCUAAAAAUGAAUUUUCCCAUCGAUAACGUGACAAUGUUAAAUGUUGAUGAACAUCAAU